CCGGCAUCAACGCGCGCGCCAUUUACGCACCGAGAUAUUAUAUUAUUAUUAUUCCAUGGUACCGUACUCGGGCCGCCGGAUCGUGUAAACACAACGUUACUCGCGUACUACGCACGCCGCCGGUCAGCCGGACAGAACGUCAAGUAAUCAUAGACACCCGUGUCCGAAUACAGUGGAUCACAACAAUACGCCGAUUGAUAAUUAUUGUCAUUAAUGUGCUGCCUAUCUCGUGGCGGCUGUGGAUUACGUCAACGACGACAACAACAAUAUCAACAACAACAACAAUAACAACGCCGAACUGAUAAUGAUAAUGCGACCGCCGCUGUCGUUGCAGCCGUCCGAACCGGAUUCGACGAUUCAAAGUGUUCGUAGUUGGUAGUUUUAAACUAUCGCGGGACAUGACCCAUGCAGUUCGGAUUGGAUGGUAACUGUACCCGCUCUGUGACAUGUACUCAGUUUCAUCAGUUUGAUGUAACGAUGAGGAGUGAAAAAUAAUGUCCUCUAUAAAACUGCACAGCAGCCUGUCUUCGAGUCCAUAUAAUUUCGAAAAUGAUUCCGACGAGCCGUUCGAACCGUCUUCUCCCGAUUCACCAUGCAGCGUGUACUUAGACACGAACAAUUCUCGACUGGGUCCAUAUGAUCUCCAAGAGUCUAGGACUAAGAUGAGCGGCGGCGCAAGCCCAAGCUCUGCGUUGCCCAAAAAAAAGAAAAAAAGCGACGCCAAGGGUCAAUCUCAAAUAAACAAGUGCCGUAAUGAAAAACGUCGUCGAGAACAGGAAAACAUAUACAUCGAGGAGCUGGCCGAGUUGAUCUCAGCUAGUUUGGCGGAAAUGAAUUCCUUGUCUGUAAAACCUGAUAAGUGCGCCAUUUUACAGGAAACUGUGAAACAGGUGCGUGCCGGGACUCAUAGACUUUCAUCUGAUCAAACAGAAAGUUUAAUUAGUACAGAAGCCGCUGUUCAACAAGGCGAAGUAUCUUCGUCAAAACCAACUAGAAUAUCAAAUACAGAGUUGGCACCUUUGUUACUUUCGGCGUUAGACGGAUUUUUAUUCGUCGUAAAUGCAGACGGUCAAAUAGAAUUUGUAACCGAAAAUAUACAACAAUUUCUACAUUAUAACAAAGAAGAAUUACUUGGUAAGAGUGUUUAUAAUAUUAUUCACCACGGUGAUCACACCAAGUUUGGUGUUCUUUUAAAUAACCCAUUGUUAAUCUACGACUCAUCAAUCGGCUCUCUGGGCUCUAACGUAACCACUCCUCUUAUGGAGCAAUCGCCCUCUGGUUCCAAAGGGAACAAUUGGAAUCAGAGGUUUACUAAAAAAUUUAAUUGCCGGCUGUUAAUCAAACCUCCAUCUGAUCAAGACCAAACUAUUGAAGAAAAACAGACAAGGGUUAGCCAGUACGAAACAUUACAGAUAUCGUCUACAAAAAUUAAUGGUGGUAUGGUCGAUGACGAAGAUAGUACGGAUGGCAUUAGCCAAAACUUGUUAUGCAUAGCACGACGAGUUCCAUUUAACGAAAAACAUUUGAGUCCCCCUUUGGAGCAGUUUACUAUUAAACUUGAUCAAAAUGGGAAAAUUUUGGCUUUGGAUACCAAAGAUGUAUCUGAUAUUUAUGCUCAACAUAUAAAUAAGGAUUGUUUAGUGGGUAGAUUAUUACAUGAUAAAUGUCAUAAGAAUGAUGUAAUAAAAGUGGCCAACCAUCUACAAGAAACACGUCGAGCCGGUUUUGGUACAAGUCCAGUUUAUAAGUUACACUUAGUUGAAGAUAGAUAUGUAAAGGUUCAAACUAAGUCUAAGUAUUUCAAAAGUAAUGAUAGUCAAGAAAUGGACUUUAUAAUGGCAGCACAUUCAAUCAUUGUUGAUAGUGAAAUGUGUGCUAUGAUCGAGAACAACAGUGCUCGUGCAGCAGCAGCAGCAGCAGCAGCAGCAGCAGCAGCAGAUCCACUGAAUGCCUCAUUAAAUGGGACAGAUCCCUUAUCAUUAAUGGCUAAUAGUAUUGGAUCUAAUCAGUCAGUGUCAGUCUUGCAAUCUGAAUCUAAAUUCGGCAAUGACUAUAACAUGACUCCGUCAACUGAUCUCAAUUUUUCCGAUUUCGGAUUAUUUCCAAGCACAACAUAUGGUGAUAUGUUGCAAGAAAAUAAGUGGUCUGAACCAUCUACAAACUCAGUUGAAGCCCUUUCUAAAACUACACCAGUGCCUAGCCCAGCCACAGUGUCGUCCAAUCCACACACUCCUGUGACACAGACACAGUACACUUCAUUUCCUUUCAGUCCACUCAUACCAUCACCUAAGGACUCUUAUGAUUCUUGUGGUAGUGUGGAUAGAAUGGAAUCAGCUCGGCUUCGAACAUUGUUGAUGAAACGAACUGAUGGAUCAUCUGAAGACAACAAUGUAUCAAAGAACAAACAUAAUAUAUUAAAAGGAUUGUUGAAUCCAGAUGAUAUGGCUUCCCAAAGUGCAGAUGAUGAGUCGACUAAUCACAGCACUCCACCAAGUCCUGCUAAUGUAAGGCAAGCAUCUCGCAGCAAUUCUAACAUGAACGAUGCCCCAUCAACUCCAAAUAAUGCUUCUACCAGCAAUAAUAAUAACAAUAUGUUGCUUAAGUUAUUAAAUGACAAAAGCGAGGAUGAAGAUGUUGAAGCUCGAGCAGGGCUUAAAAAACAAAAUGAUCUUCUGCAACAAUUACUAAAAGAUGAUGAUAAUGUUAGGCAGCAUGGAAUCAUGCUUGAGCAAAACGAUCAACACUCAAAUGAGGACUUAAUAUUGAAUAGCAUGGGUUUUCGUAUUCUGUCCCCUACAUCACCUGACAGUCAUAACCAUGGCCGUAAACGUAAUAGCAUAAGUGCUGACGAUGAAAAUGAUCAUCCUCCAUUGAAGCGUACUAAUAGUUCUGGUGGAAGUUCAGGCCCUUCAGUUCUUGAAUCUAUGCCUAGCCCUAGUGGCUCUCAGGCACAAGUUACCAAUAGUAAAUUACGUGAGCGAAAUAAAAUGCUUGCUUCGUUGUUAGCCAAAGAUCCUCCUCCUACUGCUAUACCAGCAAUACCCGCUUCUGUUAUAUCAGCUACACCGCAAGACAAAUUAGUUACUAUUAUAAAGCAACAGCAACAGCAACAACAGCAGCAACAGCAACAAUCUGCUGGUGGCUGGAACAGUGGACAACAUUCAAUGACUUCAUCAAGUGUGCAAACCCAACUUCAAAGUCACCAAAGGAUUUUACUGCAAAAAAGUGGGAAUAACUUAUACCUAAAUCAUAUGCUGGAUCAACCACAAGCUCUCCAAAGUCAAAACCAAAUUCAAAUACAACAAAUGCGACAAGUUACCUCCUCAGCUAUCAGUGGCUACAGUUCUUUAUUGAGUAAUAUAGCUGAGUCAAAUAGUAACUCCUUACCAUUUAAUUCAGAUCCAGAAUUGUCAGAACUUUUAGAAGAAGUCAUGGACAUCAUGAAUGUGUCUGCCGAUAAUUCAACAUUGUUAAACUUAUUCAACGUUUUAGAAACACCAAACGUUCCCAAUCCUGUUGGACAAAACACUACCAACCAAAAUUCUUACAAUUCUUUAAUGAAUGAAAAAAUGGCUGUUAAUGCAAUUCAAAAAUCUUUAAUGCAAGUUGAAUCUACAGUCAAAUCGCCUUCACCAUUAAACUAUGGUUCCCCGACUGGAAGCAACCACCAUGCACAAAACCAAUUUAUUCCACCUCCAGCAUAUCAACCACAACAAAAAAACGCUGUUAGGUUUAAUCCACAGCAAUCACCUAGGCCACCAUAUCCUAAGAAUGUUCAAACUCCGCCUUUGCAACAACAGCAGUUACUAUUGCAGCAGCAGCAGCAACAAAAGCAAAGGUUGAUACAGCAACAACAACAGAAGCAAAGACUUCUGCAACAACAACAGCAACAAAAAAUAAUGGUUGUUACUACAAAUGCUGCAACUUUACCAACCCCUGACCCUACCACUGCUUUACAAACCAUAGAUUCAUUGUUAAAUAAUACUGGUCCACCUAAUGUUGCAUUACAACGUUCCUCAAGUGUACCUGAUUCACAAUCUCAACUAAGUCCAGUUUAUGCUGCUCCCUGCAGUGUGUUGCUCAAUUCGUCUCAGAUCUCACCUUCAUCUAACCGACAACCCCCAUAUUCUACUCUUACACAACAGUCUUUCCCUAUGUUAAACUAUGGAACUACUACACAAACUCAAACCACUACACAAGCGCAACAAAUUGUUCAACAAACUACAUCAAGGAUGUCUCCAUCAUCACAUUCACAAUAUCAAAAUCCUAUCAACCCCUGUGUUAGCCAACAACAGCAAACACAAAAUAUUUAUAUUAGUCAAACACAGCAACCCGGGGUGUGGACUCAACAGAGAUUGACAUUACACCAACAACAGAAUCCUAUGCUUAACGCUCAACUACAGAUUACUGGUGGUUUCAAUAACAGUUCUGUAAGACAAAAUUUUAUUAACCAACAGCAACAGAGUCACGGAAGUGCCACUCGUGUGUUAACGAGUCCUGUAGGUUAUAAUACCGAAGUACCACCUAAUGCCAAUUGUCAACCACAACAACAACAACAACAACAACAACAGCAGCAACAACAAUUCCGGUUACCGAGGAAUAUAAAUAUGACAACUACUAGUUCACAAAUCCAGGGUGGGAAUAAUGGUGUCACAGAAUUUACUAGAAAUGAGCUACGGGCAUUUGUAGGUGUUCGUAGUCAACAACAGGGAGUUACUCGAUUAUCUAACCAAUUAUUACCUGGACAAAAUGUUAAUCCUGCAGAACUCGAUUCGUUGGGUUUAAAUUUUGACAUGUCUCCUACAGGUGGUAAUGAAAGUCCCAAGUGGUCUAGUUUAAAUUCAGAUUUAAGUUCGUCAUCACCUCAGCCCCAAGGAAUGCCUGCAAGGAAUCCAAUCAAUGACUCUCCGAGAACUAGUAGUGCAAAUUCAACCACUAAUGUAACAGACCAAAAAUCAUCUUCUCUUCUGCAAAAAUUGCUUUCGGAAUAAAUACUUCUUUUUUACCUUAUGUAAGGUAAAAGUGAGAAACAUUUUGGGGUGAAUUGUUUUGUUAUUUUUUUCAUAUUAUGUAUUUAGUUUUUUAUUUACUUAUUUAAUUUAGCAGUAAAAAACAAUUUGGCGUUUUAACAAUUUAACUAUGUACAAACCUACCUACUUUACUUAAAUAGGUGUACAUAAUAUUUUUAGAAUAUAGGCUUUAAUGUUACAUGUUGUUUUAUUUAUUAAUAAGGAUAAGUUAUUAAUCAUUGUUUUGUUUUACUUGCCAAUGUAAUGUUGUAAAUUAGUUUUUUUUUUAUUGUAGUUUAGAUAACAAUUUUACCUUGCUUUUUAUGUUUUUUUUAAUAUUCGAUGGAAAUCAGUAUUUAAGAGCAAUUAUUUUCAAUGGAGUCCAGUUGU